CUCAUAGAACAGACUAACAGGUUUGGGAGUAACGGAUUACAUAUAAGAGAUUACAACAUUUACAUUUAAGUCAUUUAGCAGACGCUCUUAUCCAGAGCGACUUACAAAUUGGUGCUUUCACCUUAAAAACGAUCCUUGUAAUAUAUUACCAGCAAAAAUAUUUUAACUAGAUACUUUUGAAAAACUAGAUGAUUACUUCAAGGAUUACUUUUAAAUUCAGAAAGGAUGUUUGCAAAAACAAUCUUUGUGACACUUCUCUGUUUUGUAAAUUACACUCAAAUUAGCAUGGAAAAAAAGGCACACAUUUAAAUUAGUUCCACCUGAGCGAGUCUGACCACUAUGAUGACACACGAAAUGUGUUUGAUCGAUCGCGGGAAAAGCGCAGGAAUAGGCUUUUGUAGGCUACAGUCCAAGGUAUGUCUUCCAAUGGUGCGACUGAUGUCAGCAUCCAAAGAUUAUCCAAUUUGAAUCAACGCUUGGAGCCUACCAAAACAGAGGCGGCGAAACGAUUUUGUUCUUGUUUCAUCGGUGGAUUUGCCCUUUAAACUGCUAUCAAGAUAUCAAAGUGUCACCAACAAAAAGAACUCAGGGGAACUCGUCCAGAAACAGCAGCAUAAAGAAGUAGGCUAACUCAGGAGUGAGAAUGAUGGGUGAGACACCGGUCAGGGAGGAUGGCACAGUUACAAGGUCAGCUGAGUAUGUUGGGUCUUUUCAUGUGGACGACUGCUGUUUGGACGAUCAGAUGCAGCAGUUGCACACACAGCUAAAGUCUCUCAAAACAUGCAAGAAAAGGAGGCCUGUGUCCCUUAAAUUUUCCAUCAAAGGGGUGAAGAUGUAUGAUGAAGAUGAGACGACCCUCCUCAUGGCCCAUGCUCUACGAAGGGUCUCCCUUUCCACUGCCCACCCCUCGGACGCCCAGUUCGCCUUUGUUUCCCACAACCCCGGCAGCCCUGAUGCCCAGCUAUACUGCCACCUUUUCAAGGCUAGGCAUGCCAGAGCAGCCCAGUUCCUGAACCUGUUGCUGUGCCGCUGUUUCCAGCUGUCCUACCUGGCAAAGCACCCAGAGGAGGCGCAGGAUGAGUCUGUCGGCCCACUGCCCAGCCGUGCCCCCUCCCUCCUCAACCAGGGCUUCCCUCUCUGUGUCAGUGCCCUUGUGUCAUUCCGAAGGGCCCCCACUCAGGGCUUACUACCAGGGGAAAAGGUCUUCCCAUUGAAGAACAAUGGAACAACAACUGAGGAACAACCGAGCAGCCAAGAGGAGGUCUUCAACUCCUCUCCUUCCCUGGUGCGCAAGAGAGCCAUCCGCAACAAAGUACUGCGCUCAGGAGCCUAUCGCUCCUUCACUUACAGCCCUCACAAACAACGUCACCUCCAGGAUCAGCUAAACUCUCCAGAAGGGAAGGGGCAGGACAAAAUGCCAGUGAGGAGAGCCCGGGCCCCGAGCCUUGCUGAAACAGAAGAAGCUCUGGCUCAAGCAGUGUGGUGUUGGGCUGGCAUUGCCACUGACAGCAGCUCCUCCCUGCUUGCAGAGGAUGUCCUGGGGUCGUACCUGCUGUGCCCCCAUCCUAAGAGAACUGGCUGUGGCUCUCUCAUAAUUCGUUUCUCUUCUGGACUUGUCACCCACCUAAUAGACAACACCUCCAACGGGAAAUACCUGCUUGAGAACUGCCACAUAGAAUUUAGCACCAUUGCUGCCUUGAUAGAGCACUGCACCGAUAUCAAGGGGGAGCUGGACUGUCCGCUGAGUUGUGCCCGUGUGAACCACUGCUAUGAGUGGGAGGAGAACGUUGCUAAGGCACUGCCUUUAGCCUUACACCAAGGCCUCAAAAGAAAGAAUGCAAAAUAUACCCAGAGGAAACAAUGGGUUUAAAAGUCAUUUCUGAUCAUUGGAUUGAUCAAUGUAUCUCAUUUUCUUAAAGACACUGACCAUAUGUUACACUGACACCUUAAAUAUAAUAUUAUAUUAUUAUAAUUAACUUGUAUGCUUCACUUUUGUUAUUGUUUUCAGAUUUCUGAUAGAAACACAACUCUAACUAUCAAAUUGACUUCCAGCAGGUGAAUUGUGAUGAGUAGAGUAACAUUUUGACACUUAGCCUCUGGGAUGUAGGGUUGUUUUAAUGUCAAAAAGCUAUGUGUGUUUGAGUAUAUUCUUCUAUGUUUUAGCUGCACCUACUUUACUUCACCUACGUUUGAAUUAUAUUAUUUUAAUUACAUUAUUUUAAAACGUAGGAAUAUUAUUUGUGUGUUUGUAUAGACUAUAUAGGGAUUAAGAUUUUUAAUAGAUUAAGCAGACUAAGGUUUUUUUUGUACAUUAACUCUCUCAUGUUAAGCUGUCUUUUUGAAUGUGUUUUUCACUGCCGUCUUUUAAAGUGUUCUGUGAGAACUAGCAGUAUUUCUUCAUUUUGAUUACAGAUAAAUGUACUUGCUGAAUGAAAGUGUAUUGUUGUGUUUUAUAUUUUUAAGCAUAAUGCAUUGCCAUAUUGUAUACUGUAUACCAGGUAUUCCAAAACUGGGGUACGCCAAAUAAAAAUGUGAUUCACAUA